GGGGCGACCCGCUCUAUGCAAAACAAAACACGGGUUUCCAAGUUCAAUUUCAACACUGAUGACUUCUUCAGCUCAUGUCAGCGCGCAUUAUUUUAAUUAUACUUCUCUAAAUUUCCAUUCUUUUUUUCUACAAAUGACUGAGUGCAUAUUUAGCAAUUUACCUUGAUGACUUUUUAGAAGUCCUUAAAUAACCUUAUCUCUCAAUGUUAGUGGACAUCUAACCUCUCUUUCUGCUUCCCUUCCAUGAACUCGCUUAUUCGUGGACCCGAGAUUACUGUGUGUUUAACACCCCAAACAAAGUUGUUGCCGAGUUACACAGAAGGAAAAGCACUCGCGCUGCGCUGUUUUUUUAAAGCCAAGUCAAGUACUCUCACUGCGCUGUCAAAGUGAGAGCUCCGUGGGCGGUGCGUGUGCGUGUGCGUGUGUGUGAGUGUUUUCACUAGCACAUUUGAUCAGUGCGCGCACGGAGGACGAGAGGAAGUAGCCUGGAGUGUGGACUCAUGGACUAAUAUCCAGCUGGAGCAGUCAAUACAGUUGGAAAUACCUCCAUGACAUACUUAAAGGACUCUUACAUAACGAGAACAUGUGAACUUCACGCAGCUCUCGUGGUUGGCCUACCAACAAUCUCGAUUUCGAUGAUUUUAAUGAACCUCUUCCUUGUCUUCAUCCUAGGAUGUUGGAAUAAGCCAGCCAAGCUAAAAUCAAAGAGAACUAGAAGAUGUGCUUGUAACCCUUGGUGUUUUGAGAAUCACAUGGAAUGCCUUUUGAACUCAGAGGUUUGGAAUUCUAUCUUAAUUCUGAGCUGUCUAAGUGCUCUAUUGCCCGUGGCUGAAGGUCAUGCAAUGCAGGCACUGAAAGACCUCCAGAACGCACUCCGAGACAAAGAGACAAAGCUUUUAUUCCAACGUUCUAAUGCAAGUUUGUAUACACCAAAUACAGAUGAUAUCGAGAAUUGCACAUUUAAGUUUUUUGACUGUUUCCUGAUGGAGAUGAACGUUCUCUUGCAUGAAGAAGACCCAGCAAAUAGAUACAAGUGGCUGAUAAAUACAACUUUAGAAGAAUAUAACAAAAAUAAGUGUUCCGAACGAUAUCCUUGUGAACUACUAGAACUCACCAACCCCAGGGAGUUCUUUGACAGGAUGACGAACUUUCUUGAGAAACAGUAUGCUCUUUGCAGUCAACCAUCUACUAUAACAUGUGAUUAAAAUCAUACUUUAUUUCCCUUAAAGCAUGUACAAUAAGCUCAUUUAUCUAUUAUCAUUUUAAAUUAUACUAGACUUUUUUUUUGUUAUUAAUAUUUAUAUCACAUCAGUCUGAAAGUGUCACUAUAUUAAAGCUGUAAGAAUGUUUUGUGAA